AUGAGUGCAGAACCAAUAGCAUCACGGCAGCCAAGUGCGUUGUCUAGGACCCCGUCGCGACUCUCCCAGGAUAGUCUGCAUCAGUUGGAGCAAAAUGCAAGUGAACCAGUUGCUGCUUCCAGAGCAUCGAGGGUCCGAAGCUGGAUUCAAGAACUGUCAAUUAACACAGCUGCUACCGGCAGCUUGAAUGCUAUGUCAUAUCAGAAUGACCAUUAUUUACAGGCUCAAGGUGCUACUCCGCAAACUGGUCAAGUUGGUGGUCGUAGUAACGCAGCUUUUCAAGGCUUACAAGGCAUACCCCGUACCAUCAUGCGCACUGCAUUUCCAUUACCCGGCCCUCAUCUUCCCGUCAUAGAUCUAACAGAGCCUUCGACGAAACGUCUCAAAGUGUCUGAUCAUAAUCAUCCGUCAAGUCAAUCUCGCGACACAAAACCACAGCCUUCCUUCAAUAGCACUGCACCACAGAGUGUGCCAAGGGCUCAGCUAUCGAACAGGAAUAUUUCAACUAGCAGAGAAUCACAACCGUCGCAGUUCUCGCAGUCGGCGGCAGCGGCCACAGUUGCUGCUAACAAGCCAUCAAAAUCAGUUACCGCCAAACAAUUUUCCCCUCAGAAAGAUACAGUUAUUGAUCUGACUGGCCAGGAAGCAAAGACACCGGAGAAGAAAGAUGUGUUUAAAUCUAAGAUAAAGGAUUUUUUUCCUGAUAUUUGCGAGGACUACAUUCAAACAUUAUACACCAAGCAUGAUAUCGAAAAUUGCAGUGGACAGACGUUCCUCCUGUCAGUACAAAACGCACUUGAUGAGGUUCUCGCAAAAUCAUCCUACCCUAAGAAACAGGCUUCGAAGAAGCGCAAAGAAAUAGAUGAAACUAUCGAUAACGAAAAUUUGCAGAGGAUUCGAGGAGAUAAGAUCUAUUACUAUCCCGUUGCUUGCAAAUUGCUCCAGAGACAUUUCACGUCUGUACCCGAGAAGACUGUUAAAAAUCUGUUGGCUCAACACAAAACAUUUCUCAAGACUUACAUUGCUCUUCAUUACUAUGGCUGGCCAGAAUCAGAUGCGAGUGAAUACUGGAAACGCUUACACAAUGCUAAAGAGAAUCAUCCAUCACUCUUUGCCGCAAUAUUGGAACAUGAGCUGCGGGAAGCGAAGAGAGUCAUUGCCGAGAAAGAAGGUGCCGAGAAGAAGAAAGCGGAAGAAGAAUGGGAAAAGGCCAUCGAAGAAGAACAUCGGUUGGCCGGAACCUUGGCUGAAUGCCAAUGUUGUUUCACCGAAGUACUUCCAGAUCACACCGUGCCGUGUAAUGGAGACAAGAUUCAUUUAUUCUGCAAUUCUUGUAUCAAGCAGCACGCUGAGACACAGGUUGGACUGAUGCAGUACGAACUGAAAUGUUUUGACACUAGUGGAUGUCAUGCUGGAUUUGAUCGCAACUUGAUCAAGAAAAUAGUCGGCGACAAGCUAAUGAAGCGGCUAGAACACUUGCAACAACAAGACGAGAUUGCAAAGGCCAGCAUCGAUGGUCUCGAAGAGUGUCCCUUCUGUGAAUUCAAAGCAAUCUGUCCUCCAGUUGAAGAGGACAAGGAGUUUGCAUGCCUGAACUCGGAGUGCGAAAUAGUCAGCUGCCGCCUGUGCAAGCAAGAGACGCAUAUCCCCAAAACGUGCGAGGAAGCGAAAAAAGAACGUGGCCUUGAAGAGCGUCACGCCGUCGAGGAAGCGAUGACCGCAGCUUUGAUUCGCAAAUGUACCAGAUGCGGAUUGGCGAUUAUCAAGGAAGACGGUUGUAAUAAGCUGACCUGCCGGUGCGGAGCUCUUAUUUGCGAUGUAUGCAAAAAGGACAUCUCGGUGGAGGGGUACAAUCACUUCCACCGUGGAACGUGUAAUCUGCAUGAACGUGAUACCGGCGUCCGACGACGGACGUAUGAAGUCAUGCAAGCUGAAAAGGCUGCCGUGGCGAAGGUAGUGGCCCAGGAUGGGAAAAUCAAUCCUGAGAUGUUGCGUGUUACAACGGGUUCACAGGAAGAUCUCAACCCGGAAAAUCAGGUGUUGCCUAUGGAUGAUGGGCCUCAAGAUCCGAUACCUUUGGAUAUACUCCAAGUACCUCAAAUGCCUCCAGGCGAAGAGUACGUUAUGCCAGCGAUAGAUCCAGUAGCUCGAAUGCACCGAAUCGCCCAACUUCAGCAAAGGGCUCAGUUUCUCCAAGCGCAUCUAGGGCCUCCGCAUCAACUACCUCAGGUCCCUCGAGUGCCCGAAUAUUUCUGGAUGGGUGAGCAGUUUUAUGGCCGGCCUAAUCCAGCCAUGAGGCCACCGCAAGCCGUUCCCCAGACACAAACCCGUCCAGCAUCAUCGCCUAGGGUUGCUACAGAUCAGCGCCAGAACAACCCACUGACGACUACACAACCACAAACUACCGCUACCGCUGCUGAAUUGAGACCUGCUCAGCUACGACAAGGAUAUCUAAUGGGACAAGCCACGGAAGCUAUGCCGACCCGUGCUCAGCAACGAGAAUAUCAGCGCGAAGUGCAACGUCGAAUACUGCAGCAAAACAAUAACACCCAGGCAUUGCAAGAACGUGAUCGACAGCAGCGAGAAGUUCUACGUCAGCGACGACGAAGCGAUGACCGCUAAACAAAGCCGUCAUCUGUUUCUCAAGCUUUUCCAUCACUGGACUCAAUUUCUGUCUUCAUAGAGGUGCAGCCACUACCCAGCCUACCGUUGACGAUGCUGAAACCGAUGAUGCCUUGGCAAACUUACUAUCAUGGUCAACAAUACGAAAUCUUCCUUCUUCUUUUUUUUCAAUACGAUUUUUAAACCAAGGAUUCCCUCCAACUUGCAUAACGACCAAAUACCCAUUUCUCGCGCAAUUUGAGACCUCUCAUUCUAUACUAGGCUAGCAUACUUACUCUUUUUGUGACGCUUGUCUGUUAUUGGGUAUAUUGCAUCAUGUCACUUUUGGCCAGCCGGUUUUCUUUGAAACUCUCUUGACGAAAUUAAUGCAUUUGUAUUGGGGCGUAUCCCCUUUCUAUAAGAAAAACAUACCCUUUUUCAACAUCUGA